AUGAUGGAUAAUGUUUCUGUAAUAAGGAUAUUAUACCUUUCAGGUUUAAAUGAGACAAAGAACCAGCGAUUUACUCUCUUUUCUCUCACUUUCCUGUGUUAUUGCAUCAUUUUGCUGGUAAAUAUUUCUCUUAUUUUGACCAUCAUCUUGGAUAAAAACCUCCAUGAACCAAUGUAUAUUCUAUUGUGCACUUUUUGCAUGAAUGGACUUUAUGGGACAACAGGCUUCUACCCCAAAUUUCUCUGGGAUCUGCUCUCUCCUGUUCAUGUCAUCUCUUAUUCUGGUUGCCUUGUUCAGGCUCUAGUAAUGUACUCGUUUGCCUGCAGUGACCUGUCUAUUCUUGCAGUGAUGGCCUAUGACAGAUAUGUGGCUAUAUGUCGACCACUGGAAUACCACUCUGUCAUGUCAAAGCAAAGACUCUUCAAGUUGGUGUGUUUCUCUUGGUUAACGCCUUUCUGCAUUAUAGCCACAAAUAUUUGUCUAACGUCUAGAUUAAAACUGUGCAGCCCACACAUUGCCAGGCUCUUUUGUGUGAAUUGGAUUAUUGUUAAACUUGCCUGUUUCCCAUCUGACACUAUUGUUAAUAGCAUAGUUGCAUACAUUACAAUACUCAUUUAUGGGUUUCAUGGUUUUUUCAUCAUUUGGUCCUACAUGUAUCUCAUUAAAACAUGUGUCAGUUCUAUAGAAAACAGGGCCAAGUUCAUGCAAACAUGUGUGCCACAUUUAAUCUCCUUACUCACUUUUAUUGUGACUGUACUCUUUGAUGUCAUGACUAUGCGAUUUGGUUUACAAGGUUUUCCUGAAACCCUUCAAAACUUUGUUGCUAUAGAAUUUCUUAUUAUACCUCCCAUUACGAAUCCUCUCAUUUAUGGUUUCAAAUUGACCAAAAUUCGGAACAGGAUUCUGGAAGUUAUUCCUUUAAAAAACAAAUAA